AUGAUUUCAGAGAGGAUGUCAGAGCAGGUUCAAGCGUAUGGGCGCGCCAUGUUCUUAAUGUACGCUUUGCCGCAGGGGUGUCCGCUACCACUGCAGCUACGUGCCACUGCAAAUUUCAAUGGCUGGCUUUGCGUUGACGAGUUUCACUUUGCGGAGUGUCUUUCCUUCGAGCAUCCUCUCAACGAUGGUCUUGCGAGGAUUUGCAUGGCCCUAACCCCUAAACCCCAAACCACAAACCCUGAACCGUUAUAUGGCUGCCUUUGGCUCGUCCUCAGGUCAACUGCACCGAGAUGUGUCGACCGCAGCCGCUUGGAUGAGCAUCGGAUCGCCUGA